AGUUCAGAAAUUUGUGAACCUUAACAUUAGUUAUGAAAACUUCACUAAUGAGCUGAAAGAAAUUAAAGGAAAUUUUUUUAAACUCAUCAGUAACAUUCAAUUUGUGUGUGAAGGAAAUGAUUUUCUUGAUUUAACAAUACCGGAUACUCUGUUAUCAAAUAACCUGCAUCACUCAAUUCAGAAUCUCGCGGAAAAAGAUAAGAAAUGUAUGGACCUUAACAUUAGUUCUGGAAACCUCAAUAAAGAACUGCAAGAAAACAAGGGAAAGUUUGCAAUACUCAUCAAUAACAUUCAAUCUGUGUGUGAAGGAAAGGAACUUCGUGAUUUAAUAAUACCUGAUACUCUGUUGUCAAGUAACCUACAUCAGUCAAUUCAGAAUCUUGCAGAAAAAUAUAAGAAAUGUGUGAACCUUGACAUUAGUUCUGGAAACCUCAAUACAAAACUGCAAGAAAACAAGGAACAUUUUGCCAGACUCAUCAAUAACAUUCAAUCUGUGUGUGAAGGAAAGGAACUUCGUAAUUUAAUAAUACCUGAUGCUCUGUUGUCAAGAAACCUACAUCAGUCAAUUCAGAAUCUUGCAGAAAAAGAUAAGAACUGUGUGAACCUUAACAUUCGUUAUGGAAAUCUUAAUAACGAACUGCAAGAAAACAAAGACAAUUUUGCCAGAUUCAUCAAUAACAUUCAAUCUGUGUGUGAAGGAAAGGAACUUCAUGAUUUAAAAAUACCUGAAGAACAACAGUCAAAAAUGUCGAACAUAUUGUUUCAGCUUGCUGAAAAAGAAAAACAGUGCACGGGCCUUAAAACUAUAAAUGAAAAUCUCAGAAAAGAACUAGCAGAAAAGAAUACGCAAUGGAUUGGAAAUAUGAAAUGUGUUUCACAAGGAAACAACGAUGAGUGCUGCCCAUCAGAUUGGAGGAUGUUUAAUCAUAGCUGCUACUACUUUUCCCAAUUGUCUGAUACCUGGCUUGCGGCUAAGAAAUGGUGUGAAGAAAAACAGUCUCAUUUAGUGAUGAUAAAAAGUAGUAAGCAACAGGAUUUUUUAAAAAGCAUCCUAAAGAAUAAAUACUGGAUUGGACUGACGGAUGCUGACCAUGAAGGACAAUGGAAAUGGGUAGAUGGGAAACCAUGUGACUGUACUGGAGAUAAAAGACUGUAAGUUAUCA